UCGUAAUCUCUACAAACUUGUGGAAUCUCUAUAAUUUUACGGUGAUUACAUUAAUUUAAUCAUUAUUCAGGUACAUUUUCUGUACCUUUCUUGCAUAUCUCUUCUCAAAGCAAAGAACUCCCAUUUCUUCCCAGUUUACUAAUUGGAAGAUCCGUGUGAAUUUCUUAAAUAAAUAUUAUUUAAUUCAAAUAAAAUAUUCCAAACUGAUCCUGGAAUUUCGUUUAAAAAAAUAGUAAAUUUAAGAAUUUAGCAAAAACCUAUUAAUCCUUGGAAUGGAUAGUUUAUUAAUAAAUGCACUAUGGAACAAUAUCUCGCCCUCUUUGUUGUACACGGUUAUAGCAAAUAUAACGUUGCAUCAGGCCACGAAAAAUUUUGAACUUGAUAAAAAAUUUAAUCCCAAUCCUGCACUGGGUUUUGAGGCAGAAUAUGACUACAUUGUUGUUGGUGCUGGAUCUGCCGGUGGAAUUGUAGCGUCGAGGUUAUCAGAGAAUGAAAACGUUUUUGUUUUACUCCUCGAAGCUGGAGGAGAUCCUUUGGGAAUAAAUGACAUCCCAUUCCUUUGGUUGGACAAUGUCGGACAUCCCGAUUCGGAUUGGAUGCUUGAAACCGUGCCUCAAAAAAAUUGCGCAUUGGCUUAUCCGAAUAAUAUAAUUGCGCAACCACGAGGGAAAUCCUUGGGUGGAACUUCCAACCUGAACGCGAUGGCAUUUUGGCGUGGGAACCCAAACGAUUUUAACACCUGGGCUAACUUGACGCAAGAUGAGGAAUGGAGUCAUGAGAAAUUAUUGCCUUACUUUAAAAAUUUGGAAAAUUAUGAUGGAUCAUUUGCAAAAUCGCCAAAAUAUCACGGAGAAUUGGGUCCAAUUCAUGUAACUCGGCAGACGUUCCAUCCUUUGAAAACUGAAUGGAUCACUGCCGGAAUUGAGAUGGGAUUUCCGUACGAAGAUCCUGACGCGAUACAAACAUCCACUUUUGUUCCAGUUGAUGUCUCCGGCUUGGACGGGAAACGGUGGGAAGUUUAUCAUGGAUUUUUGGAAAAAGCGUUACAAAAGAAAAAUUUGGACGUUUUAAGAUACGCGGAAGUAACCAAGAUAAAUCUCAGUGGGGACGCUGGCCGAGCAGAAAGCGUGACUUAUACAAGAUUCGGUCAAGUUUUUACGGCCAAGGCGAAAAGGGAAAUUGUAAUAUCUGCGGGGACUUAUAAUUCUCCGAAACUGUUGCUGCUAUCUGGAAUUGGACCGAGUGAACAUUUACGUUCUGUCGGGAUCGAGCCGAAAAUAAAUCUCCCUGGCGUUGGAAGUAACUACAUUGACCACGUCGUUUCCACAAUUGGACCAUUUCUUCUUAAUGAUUCUGUCUCCUUCAUUCAAAAACGCGAUCUUACAGCGCAGUCGGUCAUAGACUACGUCACAAACGGUACUGGACCCCUCAGCUGGAAUUUGCUGCAAGGAAACGGUUUAAUCAGCACGCACGACGAGCCAGACUGGCCGGAUAUAAUUUACCAUCACAUGCCAAUUGGAGGGAAUAAUUGCAAAGUGCUGGGUCCCUUAAGUGAGGGAAUUUGUGACAAGUAUAUGCAAAAUGUUGGCGAAAAUCAGGACGCCAUGUGGGCAAUCAUGUUCCUUGGACGGGAUCCUAAAAGUCGGGGCACGGUCAAAUUAAGGUCAAAUAAUCCGUUUGAUGCUCCACUAAUUGAUCCCAACUUGUUUUCUGAACGGGAAGAUGUUAAAGCAAUGGUUGAUGGUUUCAAAUUUCUUGUGAAAUUAUUCGAAGAAACGGACGCUUUCAGGAAAUACAAUUCAACUUUAAUACAAAAUAAGUUUCCUGGAUGUGAAUCACACGAGGCAAAAUCGGAUGCCUAUUAUGAAUGCUAUUUGCGUCAUGUGACAAGAACAAUGUAUCAUCCAUCGUCAACUUGCAAAAUGGGGGCAAGCAGUGAUCCGAUGGCUGUGGUUGAUUCAAAUCUGAAAGUUCGUGGCGUUUCAAACUUAAGAAUUGCAGAUGCAUCAGUUAUGCCGAUCAUCGUAAAUGUAAAUAUCAACGCGGCGACAAUGCUCAUUGGAGAGAAGGCAUUUUAUUUGAUAACAAAGGAUUGGGAGAUGGAUUCAUCUGCAAUGAGGCGUUACAUAAUGUAUUCUUGGGCUGUGUUGAGUUUUGCCAUGAUUUCCACUCUGGUCUUAUUUCUUGUGGAUUAUAAGAGAAAGUUUUUGUUUAAUAAGUUUAAACAAUACUUUGCAAAGUAUUAUGAACGAAGCGAUCCAAGCAAAUCGGACGUGGUGGAUGCCUUAAAAGUAUAAAUUAUUAGGAAAUAUGGUAUUUGUUCCAUUUAAUUUAUUUCAUAAUUUCAAUUUAAUUUUUGAAAUACAACACGAAUUAGGUAUUUGCCUCACUAAGAAAAAGCUUUAAAAUUAGAAAAUUUAAGUUAUUUGCAUUAUAAAGCGAAAUUGAAAUUACAAAAUUCAAUAUUCAUAAUGCUGAUUUAAAUUAACCCAAAGAUUUGCUAAUAUAGCUUUAGGAAUAAAAAAAAGUGUAUUAAGGAAAUAAAGUGGAAACCGGUUAAAAUGUUAAAAUUAAAA